CAUCGUGAAACAUCGCGUGGUGUCAGGUCGGAAAAAUCCCGAUCGUCCUUCCGUCGACUCGCGUUCCGAUGGACGAGGCGAAGCGCAACCGAUGCAUCGUGAAAUUUCCAGUGGGGCGAUCCCGGCGAUCGCCAGCGUGCUGAUCCUGGCUUACGUCUGUCAACGGUUUCUAGCAGCGACGAGGUUGCGGCGCAAGAUCAUCGCGGAGAUGAGAGAAUUUUCCUCGAACGUUCGCCGGGCGCGCGAGAAUGUCAGGUACAUCGGCGAGCAGGUUGCCAAGGGAGUGGAGGAGAUUGAACGGGACGUCGGAGAGGAAUUGCGCAUCACCGAUCGACUGACCAGUCAGAGUGCGAAAUUGUCGACGGCUUUACAGCGGUUCGCCGAACUUGAGGAGACCUUGAUAGAGCUGCUCCGGAUGGACCGCAACAGGGAGAGCGUGUGGAUCGAGACGCCCGUCAACGUGAACGAAGAGAUUCAAAGGAUCCUUGCAGCAGCGGAGGGGAAGAAGAACGAGGAUCGAAACGAAACCAGAAGCGGAAUCCCUCCGGUUCGGAAUCCUCUGUCGAAGUUCUCGGUCUGCGCGCGAGACCCCGCGUUCGACCGAGCCAAAACACCGACCACUCCGGAAGUUCGUCUCCUCAGCGAGCCGGCAGCCGAAGGAUCGCUUAGAUCAAGCCGCCCGUCCGCGUAGCCAGCUCGGUAACCGAUCUCCACAUCAAAGUGUAGACGUCAUUUGUCGGCGCAAGCGGAAAGUUGAAAUAAAAGAAAAGGAACAUUGUUUGGAUGGUCUAUU